AUGGCACCCUCGGAAUCUUCUAUUCUCAGUAAUUUUCUGCUAUCGGCAGCUUCUCUGCCGACUAUCAUGUCCUUACAGCAGUUCACUGAGCUAUUUCCAAAACGUCUUCGGUCUCACCCCUAUAUACGGGUGCUUUACCGAGAAUUGCAACAGAUUCGUGAACAAGACAUGGACAUAGUCAGUGAGAACAUUGAUAAAGAAGUCCGUCAAGGGGGCGGCCAGAAGGCAGAACUUCGGAAGGCUAUGGCAAAAACUGGCAUUGACGGCGCUAAUAUGGACGACCAACGAGAAAUGGAUAUGGAUGUCCAAUUGUUUGGCCCAGAAUCCGCUUCUUCUGGCGAUCAUCACUCGGUGUCAAGUCUCCUGUCUGCCAUGGAGUCGGCUUGCGCCAAUAUCGAGAGUGAAAUCGCUGGAGUAGACACGGAGGCGACCACUCUCUUAUCAGACCUCAAUUCUACUGUCGGUGAAAUGAGCGAUUUGCGUUAUGGGAAGAUGCACAGUAAUGUGGGAGCAUCAGAUGAGGAUGUGGUCCGCGAGGCAAUUCGCGGGCUCGAUAACCUUGAAGAUGCCUGCUACUCUAAGACCACGAUGCCCUCGAUUCCCCUCCAUCCCCGCGCGUCCGUGUCGCGCGACGAUACUCGCAAUUCUCUCCCUCAACUCCUCCAAACUCCGUCCGGCCUCGCACUCCUCGAGCUCCAGGGAACCAUCAAUCUUCCUAACCAUGAUGAUUCACAAUUCGGGGAUGAAUCUUCCAAUUUCCCCAGCAAAAACGAUCCGUCGCUCACUUACGAAACGCCAGUUGGCAAGCUCAUGUUCCCGGACUUCUCGCCGCAAAACGCGAAGGACGACUCAAAGUGGAUGAAAAGAGUUUAUCUCUAUGUCGGAAGAUACCAGCGAAUGACGGGCGAGGUGAAGAAGCUACCAAAGCCCCUUGCAAUUAUCCAACGACGGCAACCGGAGGGCUCAGAUAAUUCUGGGGAACAGCUGGAGAUUGUUGAGGUCGUCAAGUACAAGCUCAUGUUUAAGAAUCGACCGGAGCCUGUAAAUGACGCUUAA